AAACAUUAGCCAAUGGGAGAGGGUGGUAUUGAGCCUCGGCCUGCCAGGACUGGAGGCGCCCCGAGGCACCGGCCGCCGGGAUGGCCUCUAGCUUUAAGAAGCCCUCGCUAGGAGCCCAGAGGAAGAAAGCGAGCCCCAAGCUGGAGCUGACUGAGGAGCAGAAGCAGGAGAUCCAGGAGGCUUUCGACCUGUUUGACACAGACGGCACCGGGAGCAUAGAUGUGAAGGAGCUAAAGGUGGCCAUGAGAGCACUGGGGUUUGAACCUAAAAAAGAAGAGAUCAAGAAAAUGAUAUCAGAUGUUGAUAAGGAAGGAACAGGAAAAAUCAGCUUCCAUGACUUCUUGGUAGUGAUGACACAAAAAAUGGCUGAAAAAGAUUCCAAAGAGGAGAUUCUCAAAGCUUUCAAACUCUUUGAUGACGAUGAAACUGGCAAAAUCUCUUUCAAAAACCUCAAACGUGUCGCCAAAGAACUGGGGGAAAAUCUCACAGAUGAAGAGCUGCAGGAAAUGAUCGAUGAAGCAGAUAGAGAUGGGGAUGGGGAAGUGAAUGAACAAGAAUUCUUGCGGAUCAUGAAGAAGACCAGCCUUUACUGAAACAGAAUUUUAUUUUUGCACAUGUGUACAUAGGUUUGGUAGGUUUUUUACAGUCUUUGAUUUCUUUUGAAACAGCUGAAAAUGUAGGUCAAUAUUUAAGUGGAUGAUCUGAAACUUGUGUUUGUGAACAGUUAUCAACUGCUAACCUGUUUACAUGCAGCAACCUGGUUGCUUGUUUGUUCUUGUAAGAUGUUUACACUCUUUGUUUUCAAUAUACAAAUCACAUUUUUCAGUGACAGUAUUCAGAUCUUCUCUAUAGUUACGGUUUGGUAAAGAGAGGACUCGCAACCAGAUAGUGUAAAUCUCUAUUUCCUAGCAGUUGAAGUUUUUGGUGUAAUGUCUUGCUUUGGGCCCAGUUAUAGUGAACUCUUUAUAUAACAUAUUUGCAGGGAUCAGCUUUUAUACUCUGUCUUAUGGUGAUUGUCCCCUUCCCCUUUUUUAGUAUUUUCUUUAAACUGAAAAAAAAAUUAACAGACUGCUGCAACUUGGCUUACUCCUAUUCAGUUCACAUGUUCAAAGAAAUUUCUUUGCAGAAGAAGCGAGUUACAGUGCUGCUGCUGCAGGUUUGUGUGUUCGCAGGAAUAUUCAGUGGCUACAAAUAUAAAACUGUAUUUAAAAUAAAGUGUCUUUAUUUUAAGGCA